AUGCCUGCAGCACAACCAGAGGCAAAAGCGUCCAGGGAGUCAAUGGUUUCAACAUCCUCCCAGCCGAGCAGAUCGCAGAGGCCAGCAGAGCUGCAGAGGCCGGUUGCUCAGCAGCUGAGGCCGGAUGAGGAGGAAGCGGCCUUUCGAGCAGAAGCAGAGGCGGCCGUCGAGCGUGCUUUGGAGCGGGAUCGCAACAGUGACUGGUGGAAGAAGCUGCAGGCCGCUCCGAAGAAGCACGUCCCACAGCGGUGUGACCGCCUGCCCAUCCACCGCGAGACCGCCAGCAGGGAGGAUGGGUGUCGGCUUCCCACCCGUGGCUUCAAGGUGCUGGCUGAGGUGCAGCCAGUGCGCGCGCAGCCUUGUGCGGGGGCGCCGGUGCGCGGUGGCCGGAAGAAGGGAGAUUCUCUACGCGCAGUGGAGGAGGGUUGGGUGAAGCUGGCUGGUGAGGACGGUUGGAUAUGCCAGGGCCUUGAGGAGGCUCCAAGCCAAAAGAAGUGCCUGGAGGCCCUUGAGAAGCCGAGGGCUUUGGCGGUGGAGACCCUGGCGAAGAUGCCCGGAAGGCAGAUGCUGGAGGUGGUUGCCGAUGAUGGCGUGGACAUCCUGCGAGAGCCAUUCGAUGGUGCCUUACUGCUUGGCAGAAGGAGCUUUGGGGAGUUCGUGCUCGCAGACUCCCAGUCGUAUCACGGCUGGGUUCGCCUGUCUGACAAUGAGGGCUGGGCCCAGGCAGUGAGCGGCUCCGGCGAGAAGCUGCUGCAGGGGAUUCGGCCAGAAGAGCUGCAGCUCACGCAAAGUGCCGCGGCCGAGCCAGAAGAGGUCCAAAAGGAGCAGGUCGAAAUUGCGAUGCAGGAGGCGGCACGCAAGGAAGCCCUGCGGCAACUGGAGUCUGCCGCCCUCUCUGGGAACUCUGCAUUCUUUUGUGCCGCGCUGGAAGUGGCACGGCAGAAAGGUGUCUCCAAGAAGGACAUUGCCAGGGCCAAUGCCAUGCGAUCUUGA